CAGCGAGGAGAAGAUUUUACUUAACAGACAGAACAAACAAACAGUGCUUACAGAAAUGCUUGGAUUAUGGAAACAUCACUCCUUCUCUUAUAUUUUUCAUAUCCUCUGCUUUUUUGAUGAUAGAAAAAGACACACGUUGAGUUUAAAGCUGUAGCAGGACUUCAGAAGUACAUCUACACAAGACAGAAUGAAACGAACAUCUGAGCGCAUGCUUUCAUGAAAGAUGCCAUGAGAGAAAGAAGGACACCUCACUCAUCUUGUGACUGAACUUGCGAGGUAACACACUUAUGUGCAUUUUGCGAGUCUUUAAAUGAUAAUCAGGGACAUUAUGAACUUGCAUGCCAACAUUUCAAAACUCGUGCCAAAAACCUCUUCAAAUUCUUUUGACGCCUGGACGUCCAGCCCAGACAACAUCCUGGGUCAUGCGGUCCAUAACAGUUCGAUUGGCUGUAACAGAAGCUUGGCUGAAACAGAAGCAUCUAUCUUUCUUAAUCUAUCAAGCAGUGGAACUUCCAGCGAAUGGACAGAAUGGCAAAGGUGCAAUGCAGAGACAAACAAGCAGGAGUUAGUUCGGAAAAACUGGGCUGCAUUAUUGAUUUUGGUUGUGGUUAUUAUUACGGUGGCUGGGAACAUCUUAGUAAUCAUGGCUGUCAAUCUAGAACGAAAGCUGCAAAAUGCCACCAAUUACUUCCUCAUGUCACUGGCAGUGGCAGAUAUGCUACUGGGACUUCUGGUCAUGCCUGUCUCCAUGGUGACCAUUGUGUAUGGUUACUCGUGGCCCCUCCCUGCUGCACUGUGUCCCAUGUGGAUCUACCUGGAUGUUCUCUUUUCUACUGCUUCUAUCAUGCACCUGUGUGCCAUCUCCCUGGACAGAUACGUGGCCAUACGCAACCCCAUCCGACACAAUCGAUCAAACUCCCGUUCUCGAGCCCGGGCAAAGAUCACUGCGGUCUGGACGAUCUCUGCGGGGAUCUCUAUGCCAAUCCCAGUGCUGGGUCUGAGAGAUCACACCAAAGUUUUCAAAGAUGGCAGCUGCCUAUUGACUGACAACUCCUUUGUGUUGAUUGGCUCCUUUGUGGCCUUCUUUGUGCCAUUGAUCAUUAUGGUGGUGACCUACUUCCUGACUAUCAGUGCUCUGCAGAGCGAGACUACGCUAUGUUUAGACCAGCUGGUACCCAGGCCAAGAUGGAGUGCUGGGUUUACCCUAAACUUUCUUCCUGGCCCUGCAUUCUCCCCUUCGGAGAAAAAACUAAUCUUUCGGCGAUCAAUAAGCCGCGAGACGGGGGUGGAGUCCGGGGUAUCGACUCCUCCUUUCGGACGCCAUGGCGUGCAGUCAAUCAAUAAUGAGCAAAAGGCCUCGAAAGUUCUGGGUGUGGUCUUUUUCCUGUUUGUGGUCAUGUGGUCUCCGUUUUUCAUCACUAACGUUUUGGCGGUAGUUUGUGAGCCAAUGGCGUGCGACGCUGAUGUCAUGAAUAGACUGUUGAAUGUGUUUGUGUGGGUAGGUUACCUGUCCUCUGCUGUCAAUCCCCUGGUCUACACGCUCUUCAACAAGACUUACCGUUCAGCCUUUGCCAGAUACAUUCGAUGUCAGUUUCACGAGGAGAGGAAACCGCUGCAGCUAAUUCUGGUCAACACCAUUCCACCACUGGCAUAUCAGUCCACACACCUGCCACUCACAGGAUCAAUAGGAAAUGGAGAUUUCUCGCUGCCUCGGUCCAGUAAACACCACCAUCUGUCCAACAGCAACAAAAAUGAGAGUGUUAGUUGCAUGUGAAUUCAAUAUACAAACUCACAGAAUGCCAACUUUAAUCCCAGACCGGACUAACAAUGACAUUAUUUUCUUCUGUUUUAUUUUCAUGUUCGGCAUUAUCUCCACAGUACCUCUAAAGAAAGCAGCUUACAUUGGCAACAAGGUCUAAAGGAUAUCAAUAUCCUACACUGACAAACAAAUGGCAUUACGGUCCCUGGGUUUAUCGCUGGGACAUCAAAGACCUCAUCUCACCUGACCUCAUCAUCUGCCCAACUGAAAAGAUCAGCAUAGGUUUUCACCAGCAUAUGUUGUAGUAUCCAUGAUGGGAUGUUGGUGUGCUUCAUAACUAGUUUGACGUGUCGUGCUGAUCAACCAGCUCCAGCUACAGUAUGUUUUGAUGGUGAACAGCAUGAUGAUUCGAGUCUAUCAACUAGAUAUGCACAAAACCAGAACUAACCAUCAUAAGCCAUCUUGGACCAGCAUGGAUAUUUUUGUCUAAACUGAUCUUUUGAGUUGGGUGAUUUGAAACGAAGGAAUAAAAUCCCUUGAGUUAUGAACUUGUAUAUAAAUGUUGAGUAAGAGUCUUGGUAUGAUGUCCAAAUGUUUAUUUUUUAUGUAGCACUUUAUAUUUAAGAAGGUAGACUCUAGACUUACUGUAUUGGAGCUCAGUGAUGUUUUGUUUACAUUGUCUGGUUUUUGAAAAAUAAGUCUUGAUAAAAUUGAGUAAACCUUGUGAUGUAACGUUUUGUAUUCGGUCAAAGGAUUUUGAUGCUGUAGACUCAUUCAUACAGUAUGACUUGACUUAUGUAUGGCUGGUUUAUCACAAAAGCAAACAUUUAUAUUAAAUGAAUGCAGACAGAAAUGCUCUCCGGAAGCACAAAACCAAUUCAUGUAAUGUCUACAACGUGCACACACUUUCAAAUAUAAUACCAAGAUAAAAUUUCGUUUCCUAAAUGUUGUUUUUGGACUCACACACUGACUUUAAGAGUUUACAGAAAAAAAAAUUUUGAAAGUUUUUUCCGUAAAGUUUCUUUCUCUCAAAAUGAAAACCAACAAAACAUGCAAUUUGAAAUUUGGACCCAUCAAAAACUAUUUUAAAGAUAAAGACCACAUUUUAGUGUGCCACUUAUAUUCAUAUUGAUUGAGUAAUGGUCGAAUCAGUCACUCUCAACAGUUGUUUUUAUCAAAAAUUUAAAGUUUUACCAGAACACCGGGAGGUUCCUGGUUUGGGAAAAUCCUGUUACUUUUGUAUUUAGACAACGCAGUUGUCAACACGGAGAAAUCUCUGGAACGUCAUUGAAUCUUAGGAAAAGCAUCAGGUUAAGAUCUCUUCACUUUGUGAAUACGUCUGAUCUAUUUUUGAUUCUUUCAUCAGAAUUGAAAGUGGCGUUGUUGUUGUUGUUAUGGUGACCGUCAUAAAUUUGUUUGCAGACAGUGAAUGACUCAUCUCUGUAUCUGAGUGGAUAAUUAUACCUGGCUAAUAUGUUUAUAUGUGCAGUGCCCUUUUUUCCAACAUAUCAGAAAAUUAUAUUGUACCGGCCUGACCACUACAGCUGUACAUAAACAUUUUGACUUCAGGACUCACUGUUCUUUAAGGUUGUUUUUGUUUUCUGCCUUUGUAUUUAUCAUAUUAAAUAUCAAAUGUUAAAUCAGUGCUUGACCUGAGUGGUCAUAACCUGUCUCUAUUAUGAGUGGUCAAGACAUUGAUUUACAUUCAGCAACAGUGCACAAUCCCUCCUGUGUAUAACUCAAGGUGAA